CUUUUAUUUUGAGAAGUGGUUACAGCGUAGUUCCUGCUUCACAACAAACCGAGUGCGACAAACUGUACAGACGCAAAAAUGAAGCUUUGUCACGUCGCCGUCAUUUUACACGUGCUGUAUGGACUGUCUGGUUUCAUCAGAGCAGAGGAUGUUCAUCUUGUGGCUGAAGGAGGAAACAUCACAGUUGAAUGUCAGUUUUAUAGAAAUGGACACAUGAAGAUCUUCUGUAAAAAUAACUGUGACAAAGAAGAAAACAUUUUGGUCAAGACUUCAGAAAAUGAGAGAUGUGAAGGAAGAUACUGCAUUAAAUAUGAGUACAAAGGUUUAUUGAAUCUUGAUAUCAUGUACGUGAACAUCACCAAUGUGACCAAAUCUGACACCGGACGAUACCAGUGUGUUGUGGAAAGAAACAUAAUAAAUGGAAACCAUGAAUUUAGGAUUAAAGUCACAAAAAAUGCAGCUUUAAAUCCAACUUAUACUCUUCAACCAGAACCUACAGUCACUGUGAAACCCACCACUGAUAUGGACCUGACUGUACAAACAGGUGACCAGACUUCACUCAUGUCUGUGACUACAACACAACAGUCCACAACAUCUUCUGAUCAUGAGCAGCAGACAAAACCAUCAGGAGUAUCACCGCUGUACGUGAGUCUGUCUCUCGUCGCUGUACUAAUCCUGUUACUCGCUGCUCUGCUGAUAUUCUACUGUAAGAAGAGAACCAAAGCAUCUCCUGUGACUACGGAAUACGGGUCAACUCCUGUGACCCACAGAGUCUAUGAGGAGAUCCCAGACAACAGAACUUCUCGUCCAGUGGAAAUGUCCACAGUUUAUGCUUCAGCCUCCUUCAGUGGACCUGAAGACCACACUUCAGAUGUCUACAGUCUGGCCACAGCCCCGGGAGACCAGCACCAAGUGGAGGAAUCUAUAGACCAAGUCACCUACACUGAAGUGGACUUUACCAACAGCAAAAAUAUGUCAGAAAACGGCGCUUCCCAGAGACGGGCUGAGGCAGCGCUGUACGCUGUAGUUCAGCCCCAAAAUGAAGACUCCCUUUACUCCACAGUUUCUCGACCAAAGCAUUAAUUCUGGUGGUGCUUCUCACUGUAGAGUCUCAAGUUAACUGCACAAGAAAAUGUUUAUAAUUAUUUAUAUUUUUAAGAUUGCUGUAUUUUCCGGUCAAUAGGGACACGCCAUUAAAGGUUGUAUGGAGGAUUUUUUUUGUUUCAAAUUGUCAGUGAUAGAUUAUAGAUGCAGUCGCCUUGUAAUUAUGAUGACCAAAAAAAAGAGAAUAAAAAUUCAUCAACUCUGGA